AUGUCGUGGAACGUGGUGGCGAAUUCGCGAGCCGAGAUGACGAAGUGCGUCGUGCCGUUCGGCGCGGUCGUCACGCCGCUGCGAGAGAUCGCGUCGGAGGUCGCGCCGCGCGUGCCGUACGAGUGCGUGCGGUGCAAGGGGUGCGGGGGGGGGCUGAACCCGUACGCGAGGGUGGAUUUCGCGAGCAAGAUCUGGGUGUGCUGCCUGUGCCACGCGAGGAAUCACUUUCCGCCGCACUACAACGCGCUGAGCGAGACGAAUCUGCCGGCGGAGCUGUUCCCGAGCUACACGACGAUAGAGUACGCGGUGCCGCGAGCGGGACAGGGGACGGGAUGCGGACCGGGGUAUCUGUUCGUCGUCGACGCGUGCGCGGAGGAGGAGGAGUUGACGGCGCUGAAGCAGGCGCUGACGCAGGCGCUGAGUCUGUUGCCGGAGGACGCGCGGGUUGGGUUGGUGACGUUCGGGACGCACGUGCACGUGCACGAGUUGGGGUUCGCGGAUUGCCCGAAAUCGUACGUGUUUCGGGGAAAUAAGGAGUUUACGCAACAGCAGAUUAAGGACCAGUUGACGCUCGGGGGCGGGCACCGGCAGACGAACGGUCGAGCUCCGGGGAUGGCGGGCGCGCAGCCGGGGAUGAACGGCGCACACCCGGGAGCGAUGCCGACGAGCAAGUUCUUGGUGCCGCUGAGCGAGUGUGAAUUUCAGUUUACGGCGAUUUUGGAGGAAUUGCAGCGAGACGCGUUCGCGCCGUUGCCGUCGUGCCGACGGUCGCGAUGCACGGGCACGGCGCUCAUGGUGGCGUCUUGUCUGUUGUCCACGUCCGCGAUCGGGAUGAACGCGAGGGCGAUGUUAUUCACCGGCGGCGCGGCUACGGAUGGAGGUGGAACGAUCGUGGCGAAAGAUAUGGAGCAGGCGGUGCGAUCGCACAAGGACAUAGUCAAGGGCGCGGCGCCGUUUUAUCACAAGGCCAAAAAGUAUUACGAACAGGUGGCGAUCAACCUGUGCGCGAAUGGACACGUGUUGGACGUGUUCGCGUGCGCGCUCGAUCAAGUCGGACUGGCGGAGAUGAAAGUUUGCGUGGAAAAGACUGGCGGGAACGUCGUGCUGGCUGAGUCGUUUUCGCACACCGUGUUCAAGACGUCGUUUCAAAAACUUUUCGCCCCAGACGCUGAGGGUGGAUUGGGAAUCGCGUACAACGGACAGUUCGAAGUAAUCACGAGCCGCGACGUGAGGACAGCGGGGGUGAUCGGACCAUGCGCUGCGCUCGAUCGAAAAGGUUUGCCAGGCGCGACGAGCGACACGCCCAUCGGUAGCGGCGGAACGACGGCGUGGAAGCUUUGCACACUCACGAACGAAACGUCUCUGGCGGUGUACUUUGAUGUUGCGAAUCCGGGUGGGAAAGAUCAACAGCCGAUGGCCAUGCAAGGGCAGCAAGCGCAACAGUUUUACCUGCAAUUUCUGUGCACGUACACGCUCCCCAGCGGCGAGACGCGCAUGCGCGUCAUCACGACGAGUCGUCGUUGGACCGAAGGACAAAAUUUGAACGACAUCGCCGCCGGGUUCGAUCAAGAAGCCGCAGCCGUGCUCGUCGCUAGGCAGUUGUCUUGGAAGAUGGAGACUGAGGAAGAAACGGAUUGCCCCGCGGCGACGAGAUGGCUCGAUCGCAAGCUCAUCCAGCUGUGCCAGCGCUUUGGCGAUUACAGAAAGGACGAUCCGCAUUCGUUUCAGCUCAUGCCGCAAUUUAGCAUUUACCCGCAGUUCAUGUUCAACUUGCGACGAUCGCAGUUCGUGCAAGUGUUCAACAAUUCGCCCGACGAGACGGCGUAUUUCCGCAUGAUUUUGAUGCGUGAAAACGUCUUCAAUUCGUUGGUGAUGAUUCAACCCACGUUGACGGCGUACUCCUUCAACGGUCCUCCCGAGCCCGUAUUGCUGGACGUGUGCUCGAUCGCCGCGGACAAAAUCUUGGUCCUCGACGCUUACUUCAGUGUUGUCGUUUUCCACGGUAUGACGAUCGCGCAGUGGCGAAAGGCGAACUAUCAAGAUCAGCCAGAGCACGUGGCGUUCAAAGACUUGCUCGCGGCGCCCAAGGCGGAGGCGGAACAAAUAAUCGCCACUAGAUUCCCCGUGCCGCGUUUGGUUGAUUGCGAUCAGCACGGCUCUCAGGCGCGCUUUUUGUUGGCCAAAUUGAAUCCGAGCGCGACGUACAACUCGAGCGCGACGAUGGGUGGCGGAUCGGACAUCAUUUUCACGGAUGACGUGAGUCUGCAAGUGUUCAUGGAUCAUUUGAAGCGCUUAGCGGUUACCACUAACUGA